CCUAAACUCCGCGCACAGCUCGCUCCGAGGCUGGCUGCACCAUGAGGAUCUCUGUCGCCGUCGUCCUGCAGCUGGUCCUCCCGCUGGCCCUCUGGGGCUCCUCGGAGGCCAAACUUUCAGAUACUUCUACUCCAUCAGAAAAUACCAGCCAGAGAACUCCAGGAAUUUCUAGCCAUACAACUUGGGAAUACUCCACCUCAGUAGGUCCCUCUUCCACUAUGGAAAGUUUUGGUCAAGCCGAGAAGAUACCUAUCUUGAAUUAUACCAUUAUCAUACCUGGAUUUCACGAAGUUUCUGAAACAAAAAGUAUCACAUUAGAGAGUCCGGCUGAACUUGAGCUGAUGUGUAGUUUGGUUAUCAGCAAUGCCACAAACAUGGAAAAAAUGGAGACUGUUUGGAACUCAGGAAAUGUAACUAUAAAAAACGAGACCAUCUGGAAGAAUGAAACUAAGACCAAAUGGUGCACUCGAAAUACGAUAACAGUCAGAAACAAAGACCAGAUGGGAAAUUACACAUGCGUUUUUAAAACUAAACCAGAAAUAAGUGCUACAUUCUAUUUACAAGUGCCUCAAAUCCAUGUAAAGUCUGAGCAUAUAAUCACUUACGUGGGUGACACCGUGAUCUUGACAUGUGAUGUUGGCAAUGAGAAAACCCACUUUAACCCAAGUUUUUGGACCUGGUAUUCAAAUAAUGGAAGUGGAGAGGUUGUUAUUAAUUCUACCCUGAUGCCAGAGAAGUACAACCUUAUUCAGGAACUUGCAAACACUACCAAACUGAAGAUCUUUGAUCUCUCUGAAUCAGAUAGCAGUUUUUACUGGUGCGAAGCUGGAUUUCUACUAGGUGAAAGCAGAGAAAAAGUAUCUCUCCAAGUCCUCACCUAUCUGACACCUCUCAAACCAUUUCUCGUAAUAGCUGCUGAAGUUAUUGUUCUAGUAGCUCUUAUUUUUAUCUAUGAAGUGUGCUCCAAAAAGAAAGAAGAGAAUAUUGAAGUUGAAAAAGAAUUUGAACAAAUAGAAACAUUGAAAUCAGAAGACAGCAAUGGUGUGGAAAAUAGUACUACCAGACACAGAAAAGUCUAAAUCUUUUGUGGAGAAAUGGUCUGCGUACAUCAAAAGUAAUGCUCGGGGCUGCUAAAAUGGGAAGUGGGACAUCUGAGACUUGACUUACAGUUUGAACAGCUUGAAUCAGCUCCUGAAAGUAAUACUACUUUGAAUCAGAUGGUAUCACUGCACUCCUUUAAUCUAUCUGUUCCUUUU